AGUUUACUCAAGAGAGAGAAAGAAGAAACCGCGUUUGGUUUGUUGUAAACCCCGUCGAACACCACAGCACCAUGGGUAUACACUUCUUCAGUCUUGAGAUUCGUCUGUUUAAUACAUUCUCCUUUCACUCACCAAACCUAUAAGCCCCACCUCCCUCACCACCCUCUUCACCUUUCUCACUCCAUUAUCAUAACCAAUCAUUCAUUCAUUUAAUCAAUCAUUUCUUCACAAUUCCAAUCUUCUUUCAUCUAAACCUUUUGCUUUUUAUAAAACAAAUUCCGAUCCUUCAUCAAAGCAGCAAUCAAAGAAUUCCCAGGGCCAAAUAAGUAGUCAACUGUAAGUCUCAUCAAGUUUUGACUUUUGAGAUCAGAGAUCGAUCCAAUGGGAGACUCAGUGAAGCAGUUACUGGCAAGGCCGAUCCAACUGGCAGACCAAGUAACCAAGGCGGCCGAUGAGGCCAGCGCAUCUUUCAAGAACGAUUGUCAGGAGCUCAAAUCCAAGGCGGAGAAGCUCGCCGCCCUCCUCCGCCAGGCCGCAAGAGUAAGCGGCGACCUCUACGACCGACCCACGCGCCGCAUCGUCGCCGAUACCGAUAUAGUUCUCGACAAGGCACUCUCGUUAGUCCUCAAGUGCCGUAACAACGGCCUCGUAAAGCGCGUCUUCACCAUCAUCCCCACCGCCGCGUUUCGCAAGAUGUCGUCACAGCUUGAGAAUUCCAUCGGGGAUGUGUCGUGGCUUCUCCGCGUCUCCGCCCCCGCCGACGACCGCGCGGACGAGUAUCUCGGCCUUCCUCCAAUCGCCGCCAACGAGCCAAUACUCGGCCUAAUCUGGGAAUACAUCGCGACGCUCCACACGAGCUCCGUGGAUGAACGCGCCGAUGCUGCGGCGCAGCUUGUUUCUUUGGCACGUGAUAAUGACCGUUACGGGAAGCUCAUAAUUGAAGAAGGUGGCGUUGGUCCGUUACUGAAGCUUGUGAAAGAAGGGAAGAUGGAAGGUCAGGAAAACGCUGCAAGAGCGAUUGGGUUGUUGGCGCGUGAUCCCGAGAGCGUGGAGCAUAUGAUCCAUUCUGGUGUUUGUUCUGUUUUUGCUAAGAUCCUUAAAGAAGGACCUAUGAAGGUUCAAGCAGUGGUAGCUUGGGCUGUUUCUGAGCUUGCAGGUAACUACCCUAAAUGCCAAGAUCUUUUUGCUCAGCAUAAUAUCAUAAGAUUGUUAGUUGGUCAUCUUGCUUUUGAGACUGUUCAGGAGCAUAGUAAGUAUGCUAUUGUUAGUAAUAAGCCAAAUUCGAUUCACGCUGUUGUGAUGGCGAAUAAUACCAAUAAUGUUAAUGGGAAUGGGAAUGGUUUGAAGAAGAUUAAUGGGAAUGAAGAUGAGGAUAAGAGUAGAGUGCAGCAUCCUUUGGGUGAUCGUUCUACAAACCAGAUGCAUAGAGUGGUUACUAGUACUAUGGCUAUGCAUGCUGCUUCCAAGCAGCAGCAGCAACAGCAGCAACAGCAGCCGUCCCAGCAGCAAGUGAAUCAAGGGAAUGAUGUGAAUCAGAAUCAUGGGAAGCAGAGUCAUCAGCAAAGCUAUUCGUAUUCAGGCAUUAACAUGAAGGGGAGGGAGCUUGAGGAUCCUGAGACUAAGGCUUAUAUGAAGGCCAUGGCUGCCAGAGCCUUAUGGCACUUGGCCAAGGAAAACUCGGCUAUUUGUCGUAGCAUCACGGAAUCAAGGGCGUUGCUUUGUUUUGCUGUUUUGCUCGAGAGAGGGCGCGAAGAUGUGCAGUACAAUUCUGCCAUGGCCGUGAUGGAGAUAACGGCUGUGGCAGAGAAAGAUGCAGAGUUAAGGAGGUCUGCCUUCAAGCCUAACUCCCCUGCUUGCAAGGCAGUUGUUGAUCAAGUGCUCAAGAUCAUAGAUAAAGGCGAUUCAGACCUCCUCAUUCCUUGUGUCAAGGCUAUUGGGAAUCUGGCAAGGACAUUCAGGGCGACGGAGACAAGGAUAAUUGGUCCCUUGGUGCGGCUUCUGGACGAAAGGGAGGCCGAGAUAUCAAGAGAGGCAUCAAUUUCGCUCACAAAGUUCGCUGGCAAAGACAACUACCUCCAUGUUGAUCACUCUAAGGCAAUUAUAAGCGCUGGUGGCGCUAAACACUUGGUUCAGCUUGUGUAUCUAGGAGAACAAAUUGUUCAAAAAUCAGCACUGGUAUUGCUAUCUUACAUUGCACUGCACGUGCCGGAUAGCGAAGAGCUAGCCCAAGCCGAGGUUCUUGGAGUGCUUGAAUGGGCAUCCAAACAACCUAAUGUGACUCAAGAUGAGGCGCUGGAAGCCUUGUUGCAAGAAUCCAAGAGUAGGCUAGAGCUUUACCAGUCUAGAGGUUCUAGAGGGUUCCAUAAACUACAUCAAUAGCAAGACAAAUGCGUUAUUGUUGUUAUUUAUUCUGUAAGUUUUCAUUAUUCAAUCAAUUUAUUGUUCUUGUGAGUGUAUAUACAAUCAAAUGUAAUGCCUUCUUAAAUUGAUAAGAUUUAGUUUUCAGUUA